GUCUUGUGUGUGUGUGUGUGUAAUUUAGUUUGUUUUAGGGAGUGUUUAUGUGUGCGAUGUUGCAUGUUUUGCAGGGCUCGAUGAGUCCUCGGCGACGUGGGCUCCAUGCCCUCAGUCAACUCAAGCUCAUGUGCGCAUGGGGUGUAGGCAUGUAAGCUUCGGGGUCGAUCCAACAAGACCCAGAAGCCAGCAGCCAGUUUCUACUCAUUCAUGACACAAACACUCAUUUAUCUUUCGCAACGCACACUACGUUGGUGCUUUCAGCACAGAUUUGGUGUUUUGGGUGGUCUGUCUGAGCUCAAAAUUCGAAUCCCAUGGAGCCAAAUUCUUGAAGUGCAGUCGCGACCAAGAACCCAGUAAAUGUUUUGUCAUCUGACCAUGCGAUGUUCUUUCAGAAUCACGCUUCUUUUCUUGUGCACUCAGCACAUGUUUGUUUGUAGUCUUUUUUCAUUCGGUGAGUAUUGGGUUGCUCGCUUGUUGGGUGGCUUCUUUUGGUUGUCUACUCUUCUGUUAGGCUCAUGCAGAAGAAGAGAGAGUUGCUGUGCACGUUCGAACGAAGCUCUGUGAAAUGGCGUUUGGAACCAAGUUUUCUUUGAGAGCCACUUGCGUUGCCGUGUUGGCUGGUGUGAUCGGCAUCACGGCAGCUGUUUUGGGCUUCAUUGCUGAAAGAAAACGAAUAACUGUAAAUGAGAUGGUGUGGGAUGAUGGUGCAAACCAGUGCAUUAUGCCGCGGAACGAAAGUUUCUCUUUGUCCAUAUCUGCUGCGUUUCUAGUUCUCCUCAUGCAGGUGUUACUGACAGCAGCUGGGGGAUGUACAUGCUGCAACUACAGGAUCGACAAACUCGCUAGCCCUGCAAAACUCGCAAUCAAGAGCCUCGUAGUUUCUUGGACUUUGUGUGUUGUUGCCAUGAUAUUUUAUUUCUAUGGAGCUGGCGUGAGUAGCAACCAUCACGCACAGUCUAAUCCAAGGCCUGUGCUUCCAGCUUCAACUUCAGCAUCCUGCGGGUAUGCAGUAGACUCCGGGGUGUUUGCAGGUGCUGCUUUUCUCACGAUUCUGGCCACAGCCUCUGGAAUCACAUACUAUCUGGCUGCUUCUCGGGUCUAUAUUCACAGCUGGUUGUGUCAGCCUACGUACUGCAUCGAGGUCGCACAACUACCCCCUCCUAAGCCAAUUCCUCUUGCAAUUAUCACAACUACCUGACUUCUUGGUUGGGUUUGGCAUAAUCAGACUCAAAUCUGUUCCAAUAAGUGCAUUCGUUUAAACGCAAAAAUCAAUUAAACUACAUUCCUUCCAUCUAUAUUGAAGAUGAAAUGUGGUGGCUACGUCUUCAUUAGCACAAAAGAAUAUUUGUCAUAAGGCACCUGCAAGAAAGUAAUGCAAUUUAAUGGUAAUAUGAGACUUUUUAGUAAUGAACAAUUGCGUACCAGUUGCUAGAGAUUCCAAUCAAGAUAUUCAUACCUUGUGUGGAAUCUAUAGACAAGGUUUAGGUGUAUAGUAUGUGAGUUAGUUUCUUUCUUAGAGUGCCUCACAUGUCAGAUUCAGAGUCAUGAAAUAUAGAAACGUAAAGCUGUCCUUUGGUAAGACUGCAAUGCAAACCAUAGCAAACUUUGUGACA